UUUCUGCUCCUGGAAGCGGCCAAGGGGGGAAGCGGCGAGUCAACAUGGAGCUUUCAGCGGUGGGGGAGCGGGUGUUCGCGGCCGAAGCCCUCCUGAAGCGGCGCAUACGGAAAGGACGCAUGGAAUACCUCGUGAAAUGGAAGGGCUGGUCGCAGAAGUACAGCACAUGGGAACCUGAAGAAAACAUCCUGGAUGCUCGCCUGCUCGCAGCCUUUGAGGAAAGGGAACGAGAGAUGGAGCUCUAUGGCCCCAAAAAGCGAGGACCCAAACCCAAAACCUUCCUGCUCAAGGCCCAGGCCAAGGCAAAGGCCAAAACUUACGAGUUCCGAAGUGACUCUGCCCGAGGCAUUCGGAUCCCCUAUCCCGGCCGCUCACCCCAAGAACUGGCCUCUACUUCCCGGGCCCGUGAGGGCCUUCGGAACAUGGGUCUUUCCCCACCGGGGAGCAGCAGCACCUGCCGAGUGGAGCCCCCUCGGGACCGGGAUCGGGACCGGGAUCGGGACCGGGAUCGAGAGAGGGAGAGGGAACGAGAGCGUGAACGGGGUGCUAGCCGCGCAGACGACAAACCCAGCUCGCCAGGUGACAGCUCCAAGAAGCGAGGUCCCAAGCCCCGGAAAGAGCUCCUGGACCCCUCACAAAGGCCCUUGGGAGAACCCAGUGAUGGCCUUGGAGAUUACCUCAAGGGCAGGAAGCUGGACGACACUGCUUCCGGGGCAGGAAAGUUCCCAGCUGGCCACAGUGUGAUCCAGCUGGCUCGAAGGCAGGACUCGGACCUGGCCCAGUGCGGUGUGGCCAGCCCCAGCCCGGCUGAGGCCACGGGCAAGCUGGCUGUGGACACCUUUCCAGCCAGGGUCAUAAAGCACAGGGCCGCCUUCCUGGAGGCCAAAGGCCAGGGCACCCUGGACCCUGGUGGUCCCCGGGUCCGGCAUGGCUCAGGCACCCCCAGCUCUGUGGGGGGCUUGUAUCGGGACAUGGGGGCCCAAGGGGGAAGGCCCUCCCUCAUCGCCAGGAUCCCAGUGGCCAGAAUCCUGGGGGACCCAGAGGAAGAAUCCUGGAGCCCCUCUCUGACCAACUUGGAGAAGGUGGUGGUCACCGACGUGACCUCAAACUUUUUGACCGUCACAAUUAAGGAAAGUAACACGGACCAAGGCUUUUUUAAAGAGAAAAGAUGAAUUGCUGGGUGGGUGAUCCCAGGACAAGAGAGCAGGAGAGAGAGUGAGAGUGCAAACUUGGCAUAAUGCUUUUUAUUUCUGGGUGGGAGGUGGCCUUCUGGCUGGUCCUGUCCCAUCCCUACCUUCACGUAACCCCCUUCCUUUCAUCCCUCCCCCUCAGUUUUGGUUGGAAAGAUUAUCUCUAGAGUUAUAUUUUCUAUUAGAUGU